GCGCCCAUCCUCCCCCGGGCCCGGGGGCCACACGCAUCUCCCCUCCUCUCCUGCCUGUUCCUUUGCCUCGCCGCUGCACUUUGCCCCCUCGCCCCGGUUGCCGCCUGCUCCUUGUUAGUCCUCCUGUCAUUUGAAACCCCCGGUCCGGUGUCUGUGCGGACAGAGGCAUGACGGCAGCCGGGCCCGCCUCUCCCGCUCAGUCCGCCACUGCCACGGGUGAGGACCAGCUGCCUUCGCCAUUCAGCGAGGACCAGGGCGCUUCUCUGCCGGCUGACCCGAGCACCAGCCUUUCUGGAUGGUCGGCUUCUGAAAGUCCGGCCUCGCCAUCAUCGCCGGCUGUCCGGCAGGAGCCCCAUCUUCCGGCGACUGCCCAGCAGCCGGUCUCCUCGCCGGUCCCGGCUCUCGAGGGCCCUCUUUCCCCGUCCUCCCCCCGCAGGACCGAGCGCCCUCCGCCCCUGCGGAGCGACGCCCGACUGUCGCGUCCGCCAUUUACGGCCGAUGAUCGUCGAACUUUGUCAUUGUCGCCGCCGCCGUCGCCCCCGCCACCAGACGAUCUCGCCCACACCUUUGGCGUGAUCCUCCCUCCCGAGCCGGAGGGAGAGGCUCCGGACAUGGCCCACUUGAGGGAGAUCCUCGAUUCCACAUCCUUUGACCGGCUGCUGGCCGAUGCCGCCUCCUCACAUGUGCGACACAUCCUGGCCAAGCUCCUCCCUGGGACACCGGCCCCGGUGGUGCUGCCCGGCUCACCGCCAUCGCCACGGCCACCAUCGUCACCCCCCCCAUCGUCGAUCGAGCCCCUCCCGGCAGAUGCGGCGCUCAACUCGCCCGCCGCAUCCUCUCCCCUGCCUGCGAUGCCGAUGCCCGAACUGGGAGCAUCUUCCUCCGACUCGGCCACCCUCCUGGACCAUGCUGCCUGGGGGUUCGGCUUGUCUGUGGACUGCGCCCAGGAAGAUGAGGACGAUUCGGUGGACGCGCGCACGCAUGUCCUUGUUGCGGCCAUCGCCUCGUUGCCUGGUGGCCCGCCGGAGGAGGCCCCUCCGGCGGUGGUGUCGGGCUUGCCAGCCGAUUUGGCCCUCGGGCGCCUUGCCUUGCCGGCCAUCGAGUUUGAUCGGUCGGUUUUGCUGCCAGCCAUCCCCCCGGCAGCAGCUGCGGUCAAGGUCUCCUCGGCGGCCCCCUCGGCGGCCCCUCUGUCGGGGGCUUCGCCCGAUCAGCCAAUCAGCUCGGCAGUUGCUCGGCCUGGCGUUGCCGGGUCCACCCUGGGCAGUCAAAUCAGCAAAUUCUUUGCCCCCGCCGGCCCGGGGCCCCUCCCUGGAACGGGGCUCAUUUCAUUGCUGUCCUUUACCCCGGCGGCCGGCGCUCCCGACGGGGAAACCUCCCUUGCUCCGUCCAGUCCAACGAGCGCGUCGAAUCUCCUGGCCGAGCUGUCCGACGCCCUGCGAGUUCCGCCCGGCGAGACGCAAAGCAAGUCCCGGUCUACGGCGCUGACUGCGGCCGCGGCGUGUGCCCUGGCCGGGGCGGUCCUCCUCGGGCCCGGGACAUUUGCGGUGCUGGGAGUUGGUGCAGCGGCCGCGGCCGCGGCCGCA